AUGAACGAAUUAAAGAACCCGAUGCGGUACUCCCCAGGAGUGCUUGUGGGUAACUGGUAUGAGGACAUGCGGGUAGCCGAGGACAAAAUAAAAUCCUACAGAAGUAAAAUGGGUCAUGAUGCUGACAUCCUUGGUUCACAACGUUUAGAGGAGUCUUGUGUGGAUGCUGAUACACAUUCGAUGACAAUGGGAGACGUGAUCAUGCUUGGGAAGCCAUUACGUCUGCUUAACGUCGCAACGGAGGCGGUAUUGGCUGUAGACACGGCGUGGACACAUCCACAGCGGCUGCCUCACCAAUUUUUGCUUACCGCUACCGGCAAUACCGCGCCUCGACAGCGAGUUGAAUGGGUCUUGAUGCGGGCGGAAGAUGAGAACAAUGUCGGCUACACGAAGCAGCUAAAGGAGGAGAAUGUGCUGCAUUACGGUCAGCACAUACGUAUCGCGAAUGAAGCCGCUCAUUCUGAAGGGUUUUUAUAUCUUCACUCAAGUAUUCGUGAUGUAGGCCAGUCAGGCGCUCAGCUCGCAGUAGCGUCAUUGGGAACGAGCAAAGACAACAUAUUUGUUGUUGCGAAACCGGGUGAGAAACGCGAUGACAUCCGCUAUGGUGCCCCCGUACGCGUUGGUGAUCGGUUCGUUCUUUACCAUGCAGCAACGAACCAACCGCUGCGGUGCAUUAAAAAACUGCAAAGGACGUCCUUCGGAUUUGAGUAUGGGAUGGACUGCUCUUUUGCCGGUGACAACCACUCAAGGUCUGUGGCUGCCGUAACAACCGAGCCCACAAAUCUUUUUGUUGUUGUCGCAGCCAACUACGGUGUGACCAACACCAUGUCGGUAUCAUCGCUGCGAAACCUCACCGGACGCGGUAAUGUGGGAGUUUUGUCAGAGAGCUACGAAGUGGACUUGUCCGCGAUCAUUUCCCUCAUCCGGGAGGGUGUGUUGUACUUUGGUGGUCGUUUGGGGUUUAGGUUGCUAUCAAAGGUGUUGGGUGUUGCCUGCAACGAGCAGUGCGUGACUCCAGUCCGGCGCCAAGAUAUUUUCCAUGGCAUUAGCCUCAUGGGAGUUACCAUUCACCCGGGCGAACUUGAUGUUAUCUUCAAGAAAUUGGACCGUGUUGGCAAUGGUUUUGUUGUUGCGCAGGAAUUCCUUCGGGAGCUUCGCUGCGAGUUGCCGCAGAGCCGGUUGCAAGGUGUUAUAUCGGCCUUCCAGCAGCUUGUUAUUGAGGGAGGAGGGUCUGUCGACUACAAAGACAUGUUGAACCUCUUCGUGUUUAACGCCUGUUUUCACCCCGAUGUAGAGGAGGGCAUUGCCAGUCGGGAAGAGAUUAUUUUUGACUUUAUUAACUGCUGGCCGAACAUGAACAGUACCUCGUCUGUAACAACUGAUAUGUUUGUCGCAUACUACACCGACGUAUCCCCGGCAAUCGAGAGCGACGAACGUUUCUUCAAGAUGUUGAAACGGUGCUGGAAAAUUCCCGAGACGGACGCGUACAAAAGUAUGAAGCCCUGUCGUUCUGUAACCGUGUUUCGGUCAGACAAUACAAGCAGCAUUAUAUAUCUCCCAGACUCCUCGGUGUUGAAUAUCAAAGAUUUGUCGAGCGUCCGACGGUUUCUCACACAGUGUGGAGUGAAAGACAUCAAGGACAUUAGAUUAAAUAUGUAA